AUGGCACUUUCUGUCUUAAUUAACGAAGGUGGACUUGCGCUUCUAGAAUUUGCGGUCGCUCUGCUCAGAAGUCAAGUUUUUUGCUAUAAACAUAUAAAACUUCACAUUUGCAGUGGGGUGCACCAGCUUAUAGCUAAACCAAACGUCUCAUUUGAGACACCUCAGUGUACGAUCUGA